AUGUCUCCGCCAAACAGCUUGGCGAUCGCGUGCGAUCUUCUAGGGUUUGUGUGGCGUCACGACGAAUUUGUUUACCGCGAUUUCCGCAUGCAGGCCCAACUUGCCCUCUCACUCCUUCUUAUCCACUUCUAUGGCCUCGAUACAUCUGAGUUAGUUGGAGAUUAUUCGCAGAGCCGACCCAAGGCCAUACAAUGGGGCGACAUCGAAUUUUUGUCGCUGCCUCGGUCAUCAGGCACGUAUUGCACUAUCGCCGCGCGAUUGUGCAUUACCAAGCGCCUGGACACUGGGCGCAAGGAUGUACAUGAAUAUCAAGCCGAUCGGGCUUACUGCCCCGUGUCACUCCUGAUCGCAUUAGCCCUCGACGAUGGAGUCUUUACAGAAAUUCAGACUACAGAGCAGUUUGCUAAGGAGUACGCAAGUGCCGUUCAGAAGCCAUUGCUUGAUCGCCUUGCUAUCCGCGAUGAGAAGCUCAAGCUCCCCGUCAUUCGACGGUACUGUGCCCCGGCCAAGAUCUCGCUCACAAAUGCGCUAAGUCUGCAACAACUCACGUUGUUGUUGAAAGAGGUGGACUUGCGCAGAGGUACAAGCGAUCUUAUUCCGCUUAUCGCCGCCCUCGAGGACGUGUUGCUCAAACAUUCGGACAACGAUGCUGUCUCGUCUGAUGACGGUCAAUUCUGUCCCUCUGAGAAUGUCCCUUUGACGGAGACUCAGAUCAUGCUUUCAGCAUUGCCGACAGAGGCUGACCUCAUGUCAUUUGCCAAAUUGGGCCCUCUUGCUGGAACGCCGCAGAAGUAUCCUACACGUAAUGCGCGGACGGCUUGGGUCUACGAUCGGCCGCGAACCGCCAUGUUAGCACUGCUCGAUGCGCAGGCAUACGGUAGACUGGUCACCUUGCCAGAGAUGAUUGCUGCUCUGCAGCCCCGGUUCGCGGCUCCACGCUGGCACUAUCCGUCUCCGAUGGAAGACGACACCCCUAUUUGCAGUGAGUUGAAACUUCAACCGGCACUGUCACAACUUGAGCUCUACAUGUGCAAAACUCGAACAUUUCUAAACAAGGCCAUUACGGUCCAGAUGAAAGAAGCAUAUCGGUCUUGCAUGUGGACUGGCUGUCAAUUUGACACAGGACCGGAAUAUCUAGAAACCAUUGCUUUUCACAUAUCCGACCAUAUUGCGGAGAGCUCUGGCAUCUGUCGCUGGAUGCAAUUUGCUCCUCAAACACCCAGCCCGACGUCCGAUUCUGCUUCUCCUGCGUCCAAUUCUUCUAUUCCGUUGCUGCUUGGUCUGAUCACUGUGUCUGGCACAUAG